UGACUCUCAUUCUACCUCUCUCUUAGGACGGAGCGUCAGUGGUGUGACUUGGCCAUGUCUCUGUCUCUGCUGUCCAUGUGUGAGCGCGGUUUCAAGAGGCUGCAGGAAUGCUGGGAGUGUUACAGCGACAAGUUAACAGAGCCUGGAGUCUACCAGCCUCUGCUCUCCAUCAUGGCCAAGCUCCGCCGCGGGGCCAAAGCCCAGUUCAAGGCCCAGAUAGAUGAGUUUGAGAAGCGGCUGACUGCAGUUCACACACGGGGGCUGGAGAACGUGGAAAGUCCUGAGAUGGAUGAGGAGAACCAAAAAGAAGGAGGACCCUCUGAGAAGACGGUCACGCGCACACCUCUGCCCACCAGAGGUCGUACAAGAUCAAAAAGAGGUCAAGCAAAGCCCUCUGUUUCCAGCCGCGGCGAUGACAGUUUCGUUACGCCUCAGAAAUCUCGCAAGUCCAAGAAACCUGUGAUUACCUUCAGCAGUGAUGAAGAGGAGGAUGAAGAGGAUGCUGUAAUGGCCGAGAGUGAGACCCCGAAAGUGACGACACCCAUCGCCCGCACAUCCCGACGAGCUCGCCUCAGAAACUGAUGUGUCUUUUGUUGUUUUGUCUUUUUUCUGUGUUUCUUCCUUUAAUCUUUUGUCUGAAAUGAUGCGUUGCAUUUUUACAUGUUUUUACAUUUUAAUCUUUUUGUAUAUUUUUUUUUUUAAAGAUGUCAGUACUUGGUACCAAACUAAAGUAGCCUGAUGACAUAUCUAAUGACAUAGAAUCAAGACGUCUUUUAAUAAACCCUCUUCUGGUUUUAAUAAGAACUCUGCGGCUG